AUGCCUCCAGGGAAGCAUAAAUCAAAACUAAAAACAGCCAAUGCUCCGAACGUUAUCAAGCCUCGUCCCAUACCCAUCUUCCUAUCGAGAUAAGGAUCUCGUGUUGAGGGCCAAACCAACAAUUCCAAUCUGAAACCAAAUCCACUUCUAUCCAGACAACCCUCCCAAUCCCAAAUGUAGGAGCAUUCCGACCAUAUAGAUAUUCAGUACAACACCAGGAAAUUCAAUGUUACACUCAUGGUCUAAUAGGAAAACAAAAAUUAUACACUAGGUGAUAUCAAUUGCAAACUCACAGACGAUAAUCGAGUGUGGAUUUACGAUCUCAUCAAAACCCUCAAGGAUAUGCAAAUUGAUGCAGUAGAUCAUCUCAAAAAUAGCACCAUUUAAAUCUUAAAUGAGGAAGAGACACAAAACCUAGUUAAUCACGCCCUCUAUACCCCAAACUUGGUUGUAUAUGAAAACCUCGGUGUCGACCCUCUGAAUCAAGAUACUUUUUUCAAAGUCAACGAAGAUCAAAUCAAAUUGCAAUUAAAAAUCAGACCUUCCAAAAUCAGCUUAUUAGACACCAUUCUAGAGCAAUAGCCAAAUGAAGAAACCAAUUCAAAGAAAAAUUAAAAAACUAAGCAGAGGACUCUCUCGCAAGUCGUUGAAAGAGUGGCACUCUGGAGAAGACUCUACACCGGCUUUUACGAUUAGAACAAGACAUUUGUGUAGAUGUCUUUAGACAAGGCUGCUGAAAAAGUUGGAAUUUCCAAGAAGACUUUAGAUGACUAUCUAUUGUAGAUUCGAUAUGGAAAGCGUUAUGGUUUCGACUUCAAAAAAAACAGCAAUGAAGGCAUCAGCAAAUUGAGACAAUUUGUCAAAUCGAAAAAAGAAAAUAAGAAAAAUGAUACAUGAUAAACAUAUUAAGCAAAUAAAUCCACUUAAUAACUAUUAAUAAU